UGUAUAACAGAGUGUGAUAACACUGCGCUGUUCAAACCAGUGUUGACACUGAUUCUUGGAAGUCAUCAGUGCCAGUCUGGAGCGCUUGAGAUAGACUUGGUGAUAUCCAAUCGAGUGUGAAGUAAGCUGCAAUACAAGUUAAUCAGUUACCCAAGUACAACAAGCAUGAACGACGCGCAAUUGCCCCAUCCAUACAUCAUGUAUAAUGGCAGCAACGGGGCAAACACGACCAAAUACCAACUGCCUUCAAACUGCCCAGUCAGUUCCAUUCCAUGUCGACGAACAAAGCGCCAUGUGGCCGAGGAUCAGAAAGAUGAACGAUAUUGGGAAAAACGAAAGCGAAACAACGAGGCUGCGCGCAAAUCUCGCGAGAACAAACGCAAACAGGACUUGACGAUGCGGGACAGAGUCCAGAUUUUGGAACACGAAAACAGUUUGCUUCGCCGGGAAAUCGCUAUUUUGAAAACCAAAUAUGGCGUUCCCGUAGAUCAGUCUGUCCCCUCAGAUCCUGUCCAUUCGCCCUCAAACAUUUCGAUCAAAAGUGAAAACCAAUCGCCUGAGAUUACCCACGAACACACCGAACAAGAGGUCGUUACGGAGUGUAGUUUACCCCCGAGGAAAUCUCUGCUAACUAGGGCAUUGAAUUCGGAGCCUGAGGCACGAGAGACCGACAAACACGCCCACAUUUCUUCAAAAGAGGAAGGAUUCACGCGCCACCCCUCAACUCCCUAUUUGUGGUAUUCUUCGGGAAAAGGACAUGGUCCUUUUUAUUCGCCUUUAUCAGCGGGUCAUAAUGAAGCUGGCGUGCUACUGAAGAGGAGCUACCAUAUGUCAUCGCAGGCGGUUUACCCCGCGUUAAUCACUUAUGAUCCGCAACGACGGGAGACCACAGAGUUGCACGAAGACUUCACGUUAGGCCAGCCUAGUUCCGGUGAAUUUCGAUCAAAUAAAAAGAACGUCGAGGUAGGCCUAUAUUACAAGAGGAAAGGCACGGUGCCUUCGAAAAACAGCAGCGACGAUGAAAGUUGUCGGAGCAAUUUUUCGUCCCCCGCCCAAGAGGUUUCGUGUUCCGAAUCUGAGAGUGAAGUUAACAGGGACAUAAAUCAACCUCAUCCGAAACCGUGCCCCGUCAUAGUGAGAGCGCACGCGCAGUGGGAAGACGAAAUGUCCUCAUCCGAUUCGUCCUGGAGCGUUGAAAACGGUCGUAAAACGCCCCUGCAGGACGAGGAACUACGAGCUCGUUUGAAAUAUCUAAGCGCAGAAUUGGAGAUAAUGAAACAAUACGUUUGUAAAAACGAUCCCACAGAAAAAGCAAUGUUUAGACGGAAAGGAAACGGCGAAUAUUUAAAUUCGAUCAUUUAAAGAUCGAAAUGGUAUUGAGACGGCUACGUUAUUCGAAGUAGACGAACAUGAGUAUAGAAAUAUAUUUUUCUGGGUUUUUCCAUGCGGACAUUGAUACUUUAAAACACACACUUUAAUGUUAUUUUUUUGGGCAACGUACACCUUAACUGAAAUGAACACGGUAAUUAUUGUCAAUCUGUGUUUGGCACUUUGUAAUGUUGAAACACUCAAAUCUGUUUUUAAACACCAAUUUAGUAUUUAAAUAUGUCAGAGACACAUCAAAUGGAUCAAGCACAAAAAUGUCACCGUAAAUACAUUUAAAAUAAAUCAUUAAUUGAUUCUUCAGGCACAAAGAUGAAGAUACGGAGUUCUUCAGGCUUUUUUUUUUUUUUUGUAAUUUGUUAAAUGACUACAACUUUGAAUUAAAACAUUCAGGUCUACAUGUAAUUUUGUCAAAUAUUAGUGGAACUUCAUAAAAUUUAGUUCGCUAUUUCUUUCAGUAUAUUUUAAAAGUUGCCUAUUUAUUGUGUAAUAACCCAAUA